UUGUAUCAAAGCAGCAGAACACUCAGAAACCCCUAUGAUUUCAGCCAUGGAACUCCACUUUCCUUCCGCAACCAUGAGAUCUUCCUUCCAAUUCCGGGCGGGGAAGCUGCCCCCAAGCCCCCCCGAGAAGCUCCCAGUUAUAGGCCACAUCCACCACUUGCUCGGAGCUAUGCCACACCGUGCUCUUCGCGAGCUGUCCUCGCGGCAUGGGCCUUUCAUGCAUCUCAAGCUCGGCCAAAUCGACCCACAUCAUCGCCUCCUCCCCGGAGGCUGCGAGAGAUAUCAUGAAGACCCAUGACCUUGCCUUCGCCUCUCGGCCUCAACUACUCGCUCCUUUCGUCUUGUUCUAUGGUGGCAAAGACAUUGUCUUCUCUCCCGUGGGCGACUACUGGCGGCAGCUGCGAAAGAUAUGCAUGCAGGAGUUACUGAGCCCGAAGCGCGUCAAGUCAUUCAGCACAUGCCGACAAGAAGAGAUGUCGAACCUUGUGGAGGCAAUCUCCAAGAAGAGCGGAUCUCCUGUUAACCUUAGUGAGAUGCUUCUCCUGUCAUCCAAUUCCUUUAUCUCAAGAGUCGCAUUUGGCAAGAAAUGCAAGCAUGGAUUGAGAUUUAUCACAGGAAUGAAGAAAGCGAUUGAGUUGGCCUCCGGUUUUAGUUUAGCCGAUCUUUUCCCCUCAUGGAGUUUUGUCGACGCUCUUACUGGAAUGACCGCGAGGACAAAGAAAGCUCGCCAAGAGAUUGAUGAGAUCCUUGAGGAGAUACUCAAGGAGCACGAAGAGAAGAGGGAGGGCAUAAGCAGCAAAGAAGAUCAACUAGAGGAGGAAGAUCUUGUUGACGUACUUUUAGAUGUGGCGGAAAAUGGUGAACUUGAAAUUCCACUCACACGCACCGACUUGAAGAGCGUUGUCUUGGAAAUGUUUAUUGGAGGGACCGAGACAUCGUCGACAACCUUGGAAUGGGUGAUGAUAGAGCUAAUGAGACACCCCGAGAUGAUGCAGAAAGCUCAGGCAGAGGUGCGACAAGCUCUAAAGGAGAAGGCCAACAUCAAAGAGGAAGACAUGAGUGAACUCCACUAUUUAAAGCUAGUGAUCAAAGAGACUAUGAGGCUACACCCUGCUCUCCCACUACUAGUACCGAGGUUCAACAGUGAAAAUUGUCAAGUAGGUGAUUAUGAAAUUCCAGCAGGUACUCGGGUUAUCGUCAAUGCAUGGGCUAUUGCAAGGGAUCCAAGGUACUGGGAGGACCCGGAGAGCUUUAGGCCGGAGAGGUUCGACGGCAGCAUGGUGGACUACAAAGGGAGUAGCUUUGAGUUCGUGCCUUUUGGGGCAGGGAGGAGGAUAUGCCCUGGGGUUACGUUUGCGAUGGCCCAAAUGGAGAUGGCCCUGGCCUACCUCCUUUUCCACUUUGAUUGGGAGCUUCCUAAUGGGAUGGAACCCCAGGAUCUGGACAUGACCGAGAGCUUUGGGGCAACCACCGGCCUAAAAUCACCCCUCUGGUUAGUUCCAGUUCCUUUCAAACCAUCCGAAAAUGAGACUAUGUUGCCUCAUAUUAGGAUGAAUGCCCCACUGAACUAUUACUGAUAGGUCUUUGGGAGAUAGUACAUUAUGUUGCUGCUUGUUGUGGACUGGAAGAAUGUAUUCAACUCAUAAUGUUGUUAGCACGAUGGAUCUUGUUUUAGGAUAUUGGCACUCUUCUCCCAAA